AGGAGUUGGAGGAGGAGGUCGAGGAGGAGGUGGAGGUACCGGUGGAACACGGCGAAGCGGUGCACGCGGUGUUGUGUUCGCCGGAAGCGCGAGAGCGAGGCGAAGAAGCGCGGCAGCACGCGGUGUCGAAGCGUGCAGAAGCGGAUAGGCCUCUAUCGCGCCGCGAAAAGGCGACCGGACACCGAGGGAAGGAGGAAGAAGACGAAGAAGACGCGAAGAAGAAACCGCGAGAUAAAGCGUCGCGGACCAGAGAGAGAAAACGCAGUCGGAUUUCGGCGAGCGAGGGAAAGGGACAACGUAAAAGACGCGGCGCGGCGCGGCUCGGCGGGUGGAGUUCGCCGGCGAGCGGAUCGAGCGGAUCGAGCGGAUCGAGCUGAUCGUACGGAUCGAGCGGCAUCGAGCGGCAUCGAGAGAAAGAGAAAGGAGGCCCUCGGAGAACGAGAAGAAGGAAGAAACGAGCGAGGACGACGGAAAAAAAUAAGAACCAGUGAUCGUAGUAAUGCCGCGCGCCGGUCGGCUCUCGCGGGUUCGUGCUUGUCUCGGAAUUAGUGAGUAGACAGAAUUAUGUCUGUGAGCAGGCCGGCACCGCCGCUCAGUUGAUACUUACUGCUCAGCCGGUGCACACGCGUGCCACGGAUCUCUUUCCUGCUCGCGCCUUCCUGAUGCGAUUAGCCUAACCAACCGUCUAACCAAUCGUCUAACCAGCCGCUCGUGUUCGCGUCGGAACGUUCCAAGAUCAGUGACAUGGAGGACACGCUUCGUCGAUGACAGUUGUUUGACGGAUCGAGAGCACAGUGAAAGAGACUCGAGCGAGACGUUUACGAGUGGCAGAUAUUACGGUCGAUUAUCGCGAUCCACGGAACCUUCGGGGCACGAUGAAGCUCGCCAGGUGUUUGGUACUGCUGCUGGCGGUGUGCGCCUUGGACGGCGUCUGCUGUCACCACCAUCACCACGCGGACGACAGGAGGAGGAAGGACCAGGUGGAGCAAGACAGGAGGUCGGAGGACAUGAACGCGAUCUCCUCGUUAGGCGAGAAGAACAGGAGGAGCCUGGCCGGCGAGGAAACGAAGGACAAGCUGCCGUACAGCGACCGCAGGCUGGAGAAGAUGCUGGAGAAGGCUAUCCUGAAGAUCAUCACCGGCGAUCUGAGCGCCGGCGACAUGCUGCUGCUGAAGAGCCUGAACUACAGCCUGGAGGAGGUGCUCGCGAUUCGCGAACGGGAGCUGGGCAAGAAGAAGGACGAGGAGGCGAGGAGAAAGGACUCCAGGUCCUGGACGAAAGCUUUCUACGGCGAAAGCGGGGAGAAGCGGCCCAGAUACUGGGAACAGAAUUCCAUGGAGCCGAGGGCCGACGGCAAAAAGCACCGCCACGCGGACAGGCCAUCCUACAAGGACUUCGACUUCGAGGCGUACAACCGGCAGGCGAUCCUCGACUACGAGAACCUGCCGACGAACCUAGAAUUCCAGCAGUCGAGGUCCGAGGCGAGCCUGGACUUCGAGGAGCCGGCGAAUUCUGAAGAGGACGAGAGCGUGCGCCGCGAGUUUGACAGGGCGAUGGCUCCGCACGUGGUCUUCAAGAUCCGCUACGACGACUCCGAGUUCGAUUCGAGCUCCGGCUCCGACGAGAAGAGUCGCCGGAAACAUCGCGUCCCUAGCUCGAAACACGCCGCUUCGAGGACCAGCUCGGCCAGCUCCUUUCACGUAUCUCCUACGGCGACACCGACUUCCGCUGCUGCUGCUGCUGCUCCUGCUGGUUCCCUGCCACUUCCUCUGGUCGGUCAGCUGAGCAACAGCAUCCAGGACCAACAGAUGCCUCGCUCCACCAGCGCUUCAGUCCCUGUCGCGAGCAGCACCGACUCCGCGAAGUCGCUCGAAGUCGCCGGUAGCUCAUCCGACGACCUCUCCAGCCCCGAAGACGUUGUUCAGACGACCAGCCCGAGCAACGAGACGAAGCUCGAAGAGGAGCAGGAUAGGACUAGGAAGGUCAGCGAGUACGAGGGACUCGAGUGGGUCGAGGACGACGUCUACAGGGUGCUGCCCGAGUUCGUGGACUCCCUCGGCUUCGAAAAUAGCGGGGACAACGAGACGUUGUCGUCGGACUACGAGGACACUGGCCGCGAUCUCCGCCGCAAUUGGACCACGGAGGAGACCGAGAACGACACGUUGGAGUACCAGAACGACACGCCGGACUCCAUCAAACUGUUCAUCGCCAACAACAACAUCUCCGCCAGCUACAUUCCCUUGGCGAACCUGACCAGCUAUCAGCAGGUGGCGAUAGCUCACCGCCGAGAAGGAAAGCUAACCUCAAGCUUCGACAGCCAAGGCGAGAAGGCCAUCGAGGACAUUAAAUCGAGGGUCCUGGCCCUAACGGGACGGUUGAACAAUAGCGGGAGCACGAAUCAGGUGCAACGGCAGAGGCUGACCAUGUUUUCUCCUAGCUGCCAAGUACCAAGGAACACGGACCAGGACGCCUGGGCGGACCCGUACACGAUGAACAUGCACUUCCAGCUGAACCUAACGUCCAGCGAUCACGUGGUCGCUGCAAAACUGAGGAUCUUCAAGCUACCCCAAGAGAACCUGACUUCGUCGACCGGAGGCACCUUCGAAGAGGACGAAGAAGACGAGAAGAAGAUCAGAAUAUCCGUCUACUACUACACGAAGUCCUUGAAGAAGCAUCGAUCGAAGAAACGUUUGAUGGACUCGGUCGUGACCCCGUUGACCCCGGAAGGUACCCAUCUGGCCAUGGACGUCAGACAAAGUCUGCGAUUCUGGCGACUGAACACCAGAAACUCCCAUGGAACCGGAAGCAACCACGGAUUGGUCGUUCUCGUGGAGGAUCAAGACGGACGACCACUGAAACCAGCCCUCUACAUCCAACAACCAUCCUGCACGGAACAAGCCACGGAUCAGAAGGCAUACCAGCGCGUACCUGCACUUUUCCUCCGAGCCUGUGCUCGUUAUGUUCGUGUCGUGAACGGUGAAAGAGUGACGUACGUGAACUGUAGGCACUAAAAUGUUCACGCAACAGCAAACAUGAACAAUCGUUAGCAACGUAAUUUAUUCGAACCGACGACGAGAGAACGGGAAAAGACGGAGGUCCGUUUGAUUAAUUGGAGCGUUUGGAAAUUAAACGCGUACCCAGUUGAAGCGCGGGAGAACCGGUGGAGAACCUGAAUCGUGGUGGAUUUAGGUAGUUUCUCCGAGCGUUCGUCGAUUGCAGUGACUUUUUAAGUUAAGUAGUCGUCGAGAAAGCGGUCGAUUAAAUUAUCGAUCGUUUUCCUAGUAUAGAUUAAUCUACCGUGCAUCGUUGUAAAAGCCAGGAUACUUUUUCCUCUUCUUUUUACACGUUUGAAACACGUCGCGCCCCCUAGUGACACUUCCGUUGUUUUCCGAAGCGUUUUACGGCGCCACCAUUUCGAACAGAUACGAAAUUCGAACCGACCCCAAUGGCCGCAGAGUGCUGGACAAUGGUUGGCGUGGUUGCGGAUCGCAGAUCGCGGAUUACGGAUCGCAUGUUGCAGCGUUUCAUUUCGUCCUGUCGAGAGGUCCUUUCCCGAAAGAGUCCAGGACAGACUGUGUCGAUUUCGCAUUGUACUAACUUAAAGAGAGGAAGCGCGUUAUUUAAGUGCAGUAGCCGGUAAGUCAACUAUAGUUAAUCCUGAUUAAACGGUGUACCCGGUACGAGGCCGGUCGAAACCGGUUAGCGCGUCGCUUUUCCGGCUAACAUUUAACGUUUAAAUGUUAAACGAUUUAACAAUGUAAAUAUCAGCGGAGCCGCGUCGAUAGGCGGAUUAAGUUGAUUAGAUUAUGUUCGUUGACCUCUAUGCACGCGCACCCACGCAUAUGCACGCCAAGCGAUGGCUGUACGGCACGUGUGUGUACGUUGUGUGCAGCAGGUCGUGCCCAUGACUGAUGUAACCAAAUGUCAAUCCUUAGAGGUAGAUAUUUAUGUCAUACUUAUUAGUUAAGGAACAGGCUGCCCUUAUGGCCCUCUAGUUUAGAUCAUGGGUGAGACUCGGCAACGAGGAACCGUUGUCAUUGGUAGACUGUGGGUGGUUAUGCACUGUUACAGUGGCUGGUGGACUUAAGCUACGCAGGCGUUGAGUAAUCGGUUAGUUAAUGUAGUAAUUAUACGCUGACACUCUGCUGCAGCAAUUCGUGAGACGAAAGAAAUAUUUUUGUAUCGCAUUGUUCCAUAGAAAUUUCUUUCAAUAAGAAUUUGCAUCGAUUACGGGACGAUUCGGUACCAAAUGAUUCUCUGAGAAUCAUUUGUGUUUCUUAGACAAAGCGCUACUUAGCUUUUGCUAGAUGCGCCUUGCGAUAGAUCGUACGCAUAGCGCAGAGUGGUCUUACGACGGUAAUGGAUUGUAUUGUCUAUACAUUGCGAACUCAUUGUUUCAAUAUUAAAUUGCAUUCACCGAUGCACUUUGAUGACACUGCAAGAUUAAUAAAAACAACGAGUGCAUAAAGACCUGCAGUCUAAUUAGAGACUAAUGCAGCAGAAAGCUGCGCCAAGAGCUUCUCUCACUUUAUAAACAUAAUACACAUUGGUUCACCCAAGAAACUUAUGCUACUUAUCAUUAUGCGAGUGUCCAACGAAACUAAGGAAAACCAGCUGAUGUAACUUUUACACAAUCACUGUAUAUAAUGUAUAUUUAAUUAUCUGAUUGCGCAGAAAUAAAUGCAUUGACGUCGAAUUUUAAUGACCUUGUCCCUCCGUGGAAAUUCAUUAAAUUUGACCUCUGCUGGCUUGAAA